GGUUGUAAGCUUGCUCAGCCAUCAUCAGUACAUCAGGAUUUGAGGGGAUUCGGUAUUGUGCCAGAUGCAGUAGGAGCAGAAGGCGCAGGACGGCGGGGCUGUUACGGGGACGAUCGGGCUGAGGCAGCGGGAGAUUGCGAUGAUUUGCUAGGAGAAUUUAUGUGGUGAGUAAGAGGAUUGAAACAUGCGGCUCGCUCUGUCCCGGUGUUGGAGGGGGUGAGAAUUGAGGGGUUGGUGGUGGGCAUUUGGAGCGGACGCGAGCCAGGGCUCCAAGGGGGAGACGGGCAGGCUGGCGUCUCCGGCGUCUCCGAUGUCGGGGAGGUUCUGCCCCUUUGACAGUUCGGAGAAGACCUCGAGUGUCAUGUUCAGGGCGACGUUGGAUGACGAGGAGGAGGAAGUGGAGGAAGAACCGACGCAUUUGAACACGAAUACGUGCAGCUUGUAUCUGGUGGUGUCGACGGACAAGCUUACGGCGAGGUACACGGGAGAUGGUCGCCAUGGGCAUGAUGUUGGCGCCAUUCAAUCCAAUAGGCCUGCGCCGUGCCGUCGGUUGAUAUACUACUUCGAGAUGACGGUCAAGGACCGGGGGCAGAAGGGUUACACUACUAUAGGGUUCACCGAUGAGCAUUUCAAGAACUCGCGGCAGCCGGGCUGGGAGGUGAACAGUUAUGGCUAUCACGGAGACGACGGGAAGCUGUACCGUGGGCCGGGGUCGGUAGACCUGUAUGCACAGGGGUUUACUGUGGGGGAUACGGUGGGCGCUGGCAUCAAUUAUGCCGCGCAGGAGAUUUUCUUCACGAAAAACGGCAAGGCGCUGACGGGCGUGUAUAAGGAUGUGAAGACGCCGUUGUACCCGACCAUCGGAUUGCACAGCCUCAAUGAGAAAGUGGAGGUCAAUUUUGGGCAGCGGAAGUUUCUGUUUGAUGUAGAGACGAUGAUUUUGGAAGAACGAGUUCGGAGACAAUGUGCGGUAGAGAAUUUGCCUCUUCCUCCUACCGCCAGCCAUAGCAUUGUGCGUGCCUUUCUGGUUCACUACGGAUACCAUGACACUCUUACUGCAUUCGAUGCGGCAUGCGGGGCUGCAAGUGCGGACGGCUGCGUGGGUUCUAUUGCAUUGGGGGAGCUCCUUCCGCAACAGGAAGCCAAUGGCGUGGCGGAUGACAACAUGUUUGCCUUGGACCAGCGGAAGUUAUUACGGCGGUUGAUCAGGGAGGGCAAUGUGGAGGGUGUACUCAUAAACCUCCAGGAAUGGUACCCGCAGGAAAAGGAGGAGCACUUCUCUAAAAUCCUAUUUCUUUUGCGCUGCCAGAAAUUCAUCGAGUUGAUAAGAACGGGGCAUGUGGAGGAUGCUGUAAAUCUGGCGCGAUCGCAGUUGGCAUCAUUCUUUGGAAAGAGCAGAGACCAGGAUCUACUUCUGCAUGAUUGUUUAGCAUUAUUGGCGUAUGAGCGGCCCCAAGAUUCCCCGAUGGCUUAUCUUCUCCAAUUUGGUCAACGGGAAGUGGUGGCAGAUGCAGUGAAUGCUUUUGUGUUAGGCACUAAUCCCUCCACGGCAAUCGUAGAUAAGACUGGAAAGCGUCCUCAAUCUGCAUUGGAAAAGCUACUCCGACAGCUUACAGCGUGUCAUGUUGAGAAGCGUCUUCUCAACGGAGGCCAAGGUGAGGUGUUCCGACUGCAUCGUAUACUGCAGGGAGGCAAGGACGGGGGAUGGUAAUGUGGAACACCUGGAAAUCUCUUUGUCUGUAGUCUGUGCCAGACUUGUUUUCAAAUGUCUCUAUUGAAGUCGCUGUCGCAAGCAAUGGGGGUGGAGGGGCAGAGGAGAGGGUAGCACAGCAUGUAGAUAGCAUAGAGAGUGAGCUAGACAUAAGGUUCGAUUAAUCUUCCAAUUGAUAAAUUCUCAGGCCGGAUCCUUUGGGAGUCAGAAUUGGCUUUCCUUGGAACUCUAAAUCACUCUUAGCCAAAUAUCAUUUGAAAGUAGGAAGUGUGUGCUCCAUCGUUUGAUUGAACUCCACUCUCGGCAGUUUGCAUCGUCUCAUGCAUUUGAAGUGUUCAUAAUAGACUGCACAGCUUUUUAGUAACGUGAGACCUCCGGCUUGUGUUUAUGGCUCUAGUAAGAGUGUGAAGCCUGCCUUCUUAUAGUGUCUGGCUGUCUGAGGACUUCCUUCAGUAAAAUCUGAACAUUAAAAUCAUAUUGUUGCUAACUACGAGUGCAUCAUGCCUCUUCGACAGUUGGCUGCAGGGCUUUUUGACAUGAUAAUAUUAUGGCUGAUUCCUCAGUCAGUCAGAGUCAAACAUAUUCUUUUCAUUUUAGAAGUUCGAUUUUCCAUCACUUCGAUUUUCUGGAGUUGUAGAUUGUGAAUCAUAUAUCUUAGUGUCGCGUUUGUGAUCCAAGGUGGACAGAAGUUUAGGUUUAGAAAUAUUUGUUCAUGCAUUUAGCUUGCCUUCAACGGAAGAAAGUAAGGAGGUGGGGAUUGCCUUCAACGUUUGUGCGAGUAUCCGGGUUUGUGCAGGGAUUUGCGGCUUAAGCUACGAGGGUUAGUAAGAAAGAAAUUGGGGCGAAUGGAUUUUUAUUGAAAGUUCGAAUAAAGAAACCUAUUGCCGUGCA